CCAAAAAAAAACAUCGAACGACGAGGCCAUGACCGUCACUUCUCGCCCUCCUCCCCUCCCCUCCAUGUCCUCCCCCGCAUCAGCCGCUCCCAUCUACUACUACACCCGCUAGGCCCCGGCGAGCGCCAUACCUAGGUACCUAGGUACAACCGCAGCCAUGGCCAAUGUCGCCCGCCGCCAUAGGUCCUCGACCGCCGCCUCGCGCAUGCCGCCCAUCAACAACCAGAUUGCCGAACUGCGCAGCCUGGCAGACGACCUCACUCGGGCUUCCGACCCCUCACACCACUCUCCCCCCGGCCCCACCCUCCUGCAGACCCAAAGCGCUGCCCUCCGUCGAAUGCGCCAGCUGCUCAUUGAUUUCCACGAGCACACUCACACAAAGGACGCUUUCCGUCAUGUGCGCGGCUUUGACGUGUUGCUGCAGAGCCUCCGCUCCCUCGCCCGCUUCAAUCCCCUCUCCGACCUGCCUCCUGCCGACAGCAUACAUUUCUUCCAAGUCAUCAAAGCCUCCCUCGACGUGCUCUCGGAUGCAUUGGACGGCCAUGCAGGGAACAAGCGCUUCUUUGCAAAGCGUGUCGAAAACGGCGGCUGGAUGGCUCUUCAACAGGCUCUGGCUACUACGGGCGUCUCCACUUGGGAAACCGAUGGCACGCUCGACCACGCCGCACAGGGACAAUUGUUCGGCUGCCUUUUCGCAUUUGCCAUGGGCGACGAGGCCAUGACGCGCAUCUUCAGGAACAUGGACAAAACGAUCCAAGCCAGCCAGGCUAGCCCUCAGGAUCACGGGGCUCAACCAAUGCUCGAAGCGCUGCGAAGUCAUGUGCGCACCAUCUUCAGUGGCACAGAGGUGCUACAGAACCCGGACAUCGUGCCUGUCAUAUUGCACUUUUGGUGCGGACUUCCGCACGACGAAGCAUCGGGCACUCCGCCCAGGACGCUUUCCCUCUGCGUCCUCCUCGCCAUGCUCGAAAUCGUACAAAUGUCGACUUACAACAAGGCUGCAUUGCAUGUCACUGGCAUAUUAAGCAACAUUCUACCCUUGCUUUUUGAGAGGAAUUACCCUCCCACCGAGGCACGUCUUCUUCGCGACAUUGCGAGCGUACUAAUCGACUACGGCAUCACCUCUCUCGACGAUGCCUAUUCCAUCGUACGCAAGGCGGCCUCGCUGGACGCAGCUGCUGACUUCCUCCUCCACGCUAUCCGAGCCUCACGUGCUCCUCCAUUCAUCCAAUUCGACCUUUCACUUGACGGAUUCAGUGCUGUUGAGUUGCCUGAUAUCGGCCGACCCUUUCCACCAAUCUCCCCAGGGAGUGGCUAUUCAUUUGCAACGUGGUUGCGAGUAGACAAUUAUGACCCCAAUUGCCACACUACCAUCUUUGGCGCUUAUGAUGAUACACAUACCUGUUUUCUAAUGGCUUACCUUGAGAAAGACACUAGAUGCUUCAUCCUACAGACAUAUAUGGGCCAUGCCGCGGGCGUGACACCUAGCGUGCGUUUUAAGAAGGCGCCACGAUUCGAGCAAGGCAAAUGGUAUCAUAUCGCCCUCGUUCAUCGGCGUGCAAAACCAAUUGGCCUAGGUGCCCAUAAAGCGUCCCUCUACAUCGAUGGCGAAUUCACAGAGACCGUGAAGGCCCACUAUCCCUCACAUCCGCCCGUCCUGGACGGGAGUCAGGAAAGCUUUGCUUCGCUAAAUUCGAGCGGUUCGAGCCAUCACCAAUUGUUCGCGUUUCUGGGUACGCCGAGGGACUUGUCCCCUCGCCUCGGCAGAAACAUCUUGCAAUCCAAGCUCUCUCUAGCCUCCUUCCAUCUAUGGUCCGAACCGCUAUCGGAUGAAUUGAUUGCAGUAUAUAGCAGGCUCGGCCCACGGUACCAUGGGAAUUUCCAGGACCGCCUGGGGUCGUUCCAAACGUACCGCACCUCGACCGAACUGCACGUGCGAAACGAGAUCCUCCAUCCCGGCAAGGAAGAGCGCUCGGAACUCAUUGUCGCACUCCAGUCAAAUGCCAGCGAUUUAGUGCCUGAGUCGAAGAUCUUGCUCAGCUUCUCCCCAACGUCAGUCUUGGAUGACGACGACCGGAAUGCCAUCGACGAGUCGCAGUUGAUCAACUCGCUUUCCAAACCUUCAGCGCAAGCACUACAUCGCCUCACCCGAACCGAAGGGACCCCUAUCAUCAUCAAUGCCGCCGUACCGUCGGUCAACGAUGCUCUAUCACAGUCGCGUGGGUUUGGCAGGCUGUCUGGCACCCCUGUGGUCGUGGUUCCACAGCCUCUGGAUGACGCUAUUUGGCGGCUUGGGGGCUGCGCCGCAGUUGGCUUUAAGCUGGUGCAGUCUGCAAAGACGUUGCAGCAAGUUUUGCGGGCUGUGGAAAUCUUCCUGGAAUCUGUCCAAGGGAACUGGCGCAACUGCGAAGCUGUCGAGCAAAACAACGGUUUCGCCGUCUUGUCCGAAGUGCUGCGCCAGAAAGUUGGGAUGAACGGUCUACCCGACAUGGACCUGUCAUCCACGGAGUAUGAAGGAUUCACGCUGGAACUGCUUCGCGUGAUCCUCCGCUUCGUCGGUUACGACGAAAGACAACCCACGGAAUCUCUGAUCAUCAGCCCUUUAGCCUACAGGGUGCUGCUUGUGGACCUGGACAUCUGGAGACAAUCAACCUCGCUCGAGACUCAAAAGUUGUACUACCGUCAAUUUGUUCAUUUUGCUAAAGGCAGCAAGUUCCAUCACUAUAAUGCCAAAAGAUUCCACCGCAUUAGAGUGGUCAAGAGACUCGCCGACACUCUCAACAGCGAGAGCUUUUCGCCGCAGACCUUUCCUCUCUUCCUGGAAGCCUUCAAAGUGCUCGUCAAGAUUAAUUUCAACGGAGAGAAUGCGCGGUCACUGUCAUUGUUCGUCACGUAUGCCCUGCACGAUAAUCGUGCAGCGUACGCAAAACGCACAUUGCGACCCAAAGCAAGCGCCCUGCGGCUUCGCAAGGGCAGGUCGCCAAGCAUAACUGCUGGCUCUACCCCCAGGUCUACAAGUCCGGGUCAGUACCAGUCUCAACCGUCAGCUUUACCACUUGGAGAACUGGGAGUCGCCAUUCUAAACAUGUUGAGUGAACUAUUGUGCGACGACGUAAAUUCCAGCGACAUCCACCGCUUCGCAAAGCACGUCACUGGCAAGUGGCUUCUAUAUCUCCUUGCGGAACCGGACCAACGCGUCGUGGUGUUGGCCGCCAAGAUCCUCGCUCGACUUCUGGUAGCCAACGGCGCACAUUAUGUUCGCAAGUUCGCUGAGAAGAGCGGGGGUUUCGUCCUUAUGAAGCAUCGACUGAAGCAUUGGUGGAAUAUUCCCGGCAUUUGGACAAUUUGUUUUGCGAUCUUUCUCGGGCGCGAUGUAUCAACUAUUGACUUCGAGCGUGACUUCGACACCUUCAACCUAGUUGAUGUCUUCAUCUCUAGCCCGUCCCACUCUCGAUUUCGUAUCGUAUAUCCCGAGGUAUUUCCCGUCAUUGUGGCUAUGCUAGACACCGGCUUGCGUGCCAUUGUUCGUGAUCGAGCAGACCCAACCAGUGAGCCCCACGGGGACAGCAAGGGCGAUGCUCCAGUAACUCGUGGGCGACGGAGAACAAUGUCACUCAACGCGAAGCAGUCUCCGGUGGAUGUGCCACCAUCUCAAUCGGAUAGGCUAAAUGACUAUGCUGCUGUUCUCCACUCCGUCAUACAGUUCUUGUCCGAAUUGCACUCGAGGAGCGAUAUCUUCCGCGAGUAUUCGAUAUCCUCCAACUACGUUCAAGAGUUGCUCUUUGUUUUGUAUCCAGUGAUUGUUACUUCGGACAGCGUCAGCGCCGAAACAGAGCUCCUGUCAAGGGGAUCAGCCCUGACCUUUGAGGGGCAGGAUGUGUUUAUCAAGCCCCUCUCAAAGAGUAAUGGGCAACAAGCACCCGUUGUCCGCACUACCAAUGUCAACCUAUCACCAUCUGCGUCAGCCGCACAACCACGAGUUGCCCCUUUCCGCAGGGCUUCCUCCUUUGUGCUCAUCUCAGCAGAUGCCAUACCUCAAGUCGCGUCCAAUCCCCGGGUUUCUUCUUCUCUCAAAGAGCGGCCGAUCCCGGUGAGGGUGGGCAGUACAGUCGUAGAAGCUGCGUUAGAGGUCGUGUUAGGGGUCUUCCAAGAUCAGAUCUUCAACCGUAAGGACUUCGCGGGCCUCGGCUUGUUCCUCAAAACUCCGCCUGGUUUUCAGGAGCACCAAGCAUAUUUCGAAUCGUACAUCCUUCGCCAGACUCUAUCAUCACUCUCCAACUCUCUGCAGCUGGACCAGAAGCUGCUCCAUGAACCUCGGGUGCUCACAAAUCUAGCCCGCUUCGUCUCCCACCUAUCCGAAGCAAUCUUCGAAGGCUGGUUCCUCAACGGUGCUGAACCGUUACUUGAUUUCGCGGGAUUCUUGCUGGAAUACUUGGAACGGCCAGAAGUGUCGAGGCUGAAGUCUGUCCGGCUUUGCAGCCAAGCCGUGGGUAUCAUCCGAACUACUUUCCUACGCGUAAUUCUUCUACGCCUUGCUGAGAGUGAUGAGCCAGACGGCUAUCCUCAUGCAGCGAGCAUAAUCGAGAAGAUGGUCUACUGGCAACCAAUCAUUUUAUCUGCCGAGAACGCCGAGGGACACUUCCUGAAGCUCAUCUGCUACCUCCUGUACACGAAGCUUUCUGCGGGGGUCCCCUCGGUACGUUUAGCGGCCGUGAAUUUCUGGAGGCUGCUGUUGGUGCAGAAGCCGGAGGACACGUCGGCCAUUCUCAGUCAUGGCUUUCAGUCCGACAAGAAAGACGUCCGCGCUGGCUUUCAAAAACUGGUCGAGUUGGACGAUAAUACAUUUCUACAGUGGUUCGACGAGAACAAAUCGGAACUAGACUCAUUCUUUUACGGUACACUGAGUAAAACUUGGGAAGACUUUGCCCAUGAGCAGAACAAGAGAACAGAAGAGACGGCCCAAAAACGGACCCUGAAGCGGAAAGAGAGAUUGAGACAGUGGCACAGUGAAGACAUGAUCGCUGAGCGAAUCAUUGCGAGCCAUGAGCAGUCGACUAACCAUUGGCGGUCCAAUAUCCACGCUUCCGAGCGUAUAAAACAUCAACGCGUCAUGCAGGACCAACAAGACAAUAUCACCUACCUAUCCACUGUCAUUGCCAGGCUCGAUAAACAGCUUCGCGGCCCUUGCGCUUUAUUUGAGCCCAGCCCAAGACCUACGUGGCGUCUUGAUGAAACCGAAGGUCGCGAUCGCAAACGCAUGCGCAUCAUCGUGGACAACAUAACGCGUGUUCGAAAGUAUCAGCCUAAGAGGAAGGAUACUGAUCCUGCCGCUGUAAUUGCGAAACUUAAGCUGGACGCAACCAGUACAGGAAAUGAGGGCGCUAAUGGUCCGCCUUCAGUCCAGUCUACGGAUAUGCGACCGUCAUCAACUAUGAACUCUGCAGAAAAGGCAGAGAAGGGAGAUGCGCCGGACUCAGACCUCGGGGAAGACUUCGAAAUGGUCGACGCCAUGUAUGAAGACGAGGACGGUUUCGAAGACAAAAACCGGAAAGUGAUGCGAAGCCUCCAUCGUGGAGAGCAGGUGCAGUUUGUCUGCAACAUCUCCAGGGUCGUUGGUUUGGAAGCUGUCGAGGGACUCCUCAUCAUUGGAAAGGAAUACUUGUACCUUCUCGAUGACUUUUUCCAAAGAUCGGACGGCGAAAUCGUACGGGUCUGGCAAGCUCCUAGCGACGAGCGUGACCCUUAUGUUCAGGUCAUCGCCGGCAACAAGGCUGUGACCAAUCGCCGCCCUGCGCCGCGUGAUGAGGGCGACGUCGUACGUAGCUGGAAAUGGAGUGAAGUCAUCAGCAUCUCCAAGCGACGGUUUCUGCACCGAGAUGUGGCAAUGGAGAUUUUUUUCGAUGAUGGCCGAAGCUAUCUCUUGACUGCCAUCUCCUGCGCCAUACGGAAUGACAUACACUCUAAACUCGUCAGUAAAGCACCGUAUGUGGCCAAGCCAGAACUACUGGCCACUUCUGAGAUAGCUUGGAGAAUGGACUCGCUACAUAACCCGGAAGAGGCCCCGCAAACCUUGGGCUCACGGUUUGCCUCUGCAUUCGGUUCAAGUUCGACGCAUCCAGGCACGAAGAAGUGGUUGAAGGGUGAGAUGUCGAAUUACCACUACCUGAUGCUGAUCAACACGCUUGCCGGCCGCUCUUUCAACGAUCUUACACAAUAUCCCGUCUUUCCUUGGGUCAUCGCCGAUUACACAAGCGAAGAGCUGGACCUCAGCAACCCUAAAACCUUUCGCGAUUUAAGCAAACCUAUAGGCUGCCAGGAUCCCGCACGAGAGGCCAGGGUUCGGGAGAGGUACAAGCAGCUUGUAGAGGUCGGGGAGAGAGCCUUCCAUUAUGGAACCCACUAUUCUUCUGCAACGACCGUCGCCUCCUAUUUGAUUCGGUUGCAACCCUUCUGUGCGGCUUUUACGCUGAUACAAGGUGGCAAAUUUGAUCACGCAGAUCGCAUGUUUUACUCAGUAGCAGAUGCUUGGAAUUCCGCAUCGAGGACCAAUAUGGCAGAUGUCCGGGAGCUGACUCCAGAGUUCUUCUACUUGCCAGAAUUUCUCACUAAUCUGAAUGGCUACGAAUUUGGCUUGCGUGCGAGCGGCGAGGGCAUCGACAAUGUUAUCCUGCCUCCUUGGGCGAAAGGUGAUCCGGCGAUAUUCAUCGCGAAGCAGCGAGAAGCAUUAGAAAGCCCAUAUGUCAGUCAGAACCUUCAUAGUUGGAUCGACCUCAUCUUCGGAUACAAGCAACGCGGCGACGCCGCUGUCGAAGCUGCAAAUGUGUUCCAUCACAUGACUUACCAGGGCACGGUCGACCUGGACAUACUGGACGAAGUGGAACGUGAGAGACAUAUAUCCAUCAUCAACAACUUCGGCCAGACACCAUUGCAGGUGUUCCAGCGCCCUCAUCCGCAGAAAGAGAUCAAUGCUGGUAAAGUGAGAGGCCUAGACACUUCCGCUGAAGCAUUAGUUCGCGUUCCAGGAACUCUGUUAGACUGUCGAGACCGAGUCUCGUCCCUUGCGUACAUCGCUAAGCAAGAGAAGCUCCUGUGCUCGGGGCCUUUCCGCCACAACAUCCCGCCUCAUUACGACAGGUACAUGGAGUGGGGCUUUACCGACGGUUCCGUGCGCUUCUACGACGCCAGCUCGAAGAAGUUGCUCGGUUUGUUCGAACACUUGCAUUCCGGCCAACUCGCAACGUCGCUCUUUGUCGAUGGUUCUACACUCAUAACAGCGGGGACCGACUGCACCGUCGCAGUGUGGAAAGGCAUUAGAAAUGACAAGCACACGAUCGACUUGCACAGCCGAGACAACCCUACGAUGCUCUUCGGCCACCGCACCCCUGUUGUCACUUUAGCUGCAUCCGUAUCACUUGCAGCUUUUCUCUCCGCUUCCAGCGACGGAAAAGUCUUCCUAUGGGAUCUUAAUCGUCUAGAGUUCGUCCGUGAGCUCGAUCUAGGUCCUGCACAGAGAAGCAACCCCAUUCCCGUCCAGGCCGCCCGUAUUAAUAACUCCACGGGACAUAUCGUUCUGGCCUGCGGGCCGAGGCUGAUUGUUACCACGCUCAAUGGAAGGUUGCUUAUGGACCAGGAAGUAUGUCUUGGGGAUGAGGAUGUCGAUGGCAUCACCGCGCUUGCGGUUUAUGAAGGCGUCGGGAAUGAGUGGUGCGAGCGCGAACUCAUCUUCACUGGGCAUAGGCGCGGCACUGUAAAGGUUUGACAGUUCCCCUUCUGUUUCCCUGCCUUCACUUACGCUUUCCAUGUCGCCCAUCUGAGCUAACAUCCUUUGUUUCCACAACAGAUCUUUC